AUGAAGAAGACGCUUCUUUUGUGCUUUGUGCACGGUUUUAAAGGCGGUGAUGAUACCUUUGGCGACUUCCCAUUCCAUUUGGAAACCCUCCUUGCCGCCGCCCUGCCCAAUAUCACCGUACAAUCGAUCGUAUAUCCCAAGUUCGAGACAAGGGGCGAUUUAAAUGAAUACACUAGAGAAAAGAAGCUCAUGGGAUAUAUUGCAAAAAGGCUCUUAGAAAAAGUCAUCGACCUCGAAGUAUCCAACAACACCCCCUCCCCAACAAUCGACCCCUCCGUGCGAACAAUACUCGUAGGCCACAGCAUGGGCGGCAUCGUAGCCGCCGACACAAUCCUCUCUAUCGCCUCUGAGCAACCUAUUGAAUCGGCCGGCUCAGAUAACACCUCACCACAUCCUAAUACUAUGAUGUUCCCCUACAUCCAAGGCGUCCUAGCUUUCGACACGCCGUACCUAGGCAUAUCCCCCGGUGUCGUAGCUCAUGGCGCAGAAGGCCAUUAUAACGCAGCAAGCUCGGCGAUCACCCAACUGAGCGGCCUAACGGGUGCGUUUUGGGGUACGAAAGCAGCCACCGCCGAUGCAAAAAGCAAGAAACCAGUCGCGGCGCUUCCAGCGCCCCCAACAUCUCCCAACACGACAGCCUCGCCCUGGCAGAAGUGGGGCAAGCUGGCUGUGGCAGCAGGAGGCGUAGCAGCCGUCGCUGGCGCCGGUGCAGCCGCCUUCGUCAAUCGGGACAAACUCACCGAAGGAUGGUCAUGGGUAGGCUCACACCUUGAAUUCGUCGGCUGCCUUAUGAAAGGCGAAGAGCUACGAAAACGGGUUUCUGGCAUGGUAAGUUUGAAUAAGGAGCUUAAGGUUGGGUGGGGGAAUCUAUAUACACGGCUGGGGAAGCAAGCUGUGAGUAAGAAUGAUGGAAGUAUGGUGGGUGGUGUGAUUGGAAAUCAGAGGACUUUUUGUAAUUUGCCGAAGACUGAGGCGAAGGCGUAUUGGUAUGAGGCUAUCAAUGAUAAUGCGAAGGAUGAGACGGGGGCGCAUAUGACUAUGUUCUUCCCGAAGGAGAAUCCUGGAUACUCUAUCUUGUCUGAUGCGGCUAAGAACCUCAUUGUGGAGUGGACAAAGAAUGACUGGUAUGAGUCGAGUACAGAUACCGACACUUGGGGCAAUGAGCAGGAAUUAUGA